AUGUACAGAGGAGCAAAAAUCCUUCAAGUCGAGUACACUCCUCAGGAUAAAAGGGAUAAGCUUAGGAAGAGGCAUAGUACUUCCAGUGUAAGCAGCAGCAGCAUCAAGUCUCAGUGGAGUUUUACAUCCAGCUCAGGAUCCAGAAGCAGCACAGUCUCCAGCAGCAUCUCCAGUGCCUCCUCUGCAUCCAGGUGCUGGAGAAGCUCUAGCACAUCCUGCAGCUCCCAUUCCAGGAGCUCCUCUAGAUCUCCCAGCCCUUCUGGGUGCAUACAUGAUCAAGGUGGUGAUCCUGCUCCAAAAGUCAAAUCACCUAAAGAUGAAAAGGACAGCAAAAUGCAGAGCCCUUCCCCUAAACCCAAAAUGCAUGUUGGAAGUCACACCAGGAAUGUGACCAAGGAUAACAACAUGGAGAUAUUUUUCACCUUUGGAGAAAUGAAAAUGAUUGACAUGCCUGUUGAAAGGGUGCAUCCUCAUCUAUCCAAAGGCUAUGUAUGUAUGGAGUUUGAGAAUCCAAAUGAAACUGAGAAUCCAUUGAAGCACAUGGGUAGAGGACAAAUGGAUGGACAGGAGGUCACUGCUAUUGCUGUGUUGGCCCCCUGGUCUAGGCCACCCACCACCCCAGUGAUUCAGCCCUCCCAGAGAAUGCUGCUGCCACCUCCUAUGUGGAAUAGGUCACCACCUCAGAGGAGGAGGAAGUCUGUUACAAGACACAGGUCCCCCAUGAGCAGACAGUCCUGCUCUGCAGGACACUGCCAUCACAGAAACCAAUCCAUUCUAACUGCUCCAGAUAAACAGACCCACAAAAACUCAUUGAAACCUUAUGUUCCACCCAGUUCAGUGCUGUCACUUUCCUAUCUAAAGGAGGGUUACAGGGCUUGCUGGAAGGAAGUGGAAGAGACAGAAGCUCUCGUUUCACUUUUACAAAGUAAACCUGAUAUCCAGAAACUGCUGGAAAUACUCACCAGCAAGACAGAAGAACAGAACAUUGGUAAUGGGAAGACAAAAGGUGAAUCAGACCACUCCCUGAAUUCUCUGGGAAGUACAGAGAAGUCACUGGGCAAGGAACAGGACAUCACCAUCCCACAACCCUGGGACACAACUGGCAAGCCAGAGCAGCUUUCUAUUCCUCAGCACCUUUUACACCAAGGGCCUGUGGGACCAUUUGCAGAAGAAAUGGAGCCAGCUCUUUAG